AUGCCGGCACCAAAGCGCAGCACGCGCGCGGCGGCCGCCACCACCGCCGCAUCGACAAAACCGCCGACGACGACGAAAACACGCACGAGCCGCGCAGGCGCCUCCACCGCCAUGCCAUUGCCCGCCGCAAAGCCCGCCUCGAAGACCGCCGCCGCCUCCUCCUCGCGCACCACCAAAAAGGCGGCGCCGCCGCCGCAGCAAGUCGACGGCGCCGCCGACGCGAAUGACAACGACGACGACAGCAUCACCGAUGCCGAAACUAGUAGCAACGGCAACGACGACAACGGCGCCGACAGCGACACCCUCGCCAUCUCGAACCGGCCCGCGCGCCUGUUUCGCCGCGCCAACGCUCCGGCCGCGGCGGAAGAAGAAGAAGAAUACGUCAUGACGGGCGCGCUGGGCGAGGGCGACGUCGCGGGCGCGCACGUCGCGGCGGCGGCGGCGGCGGCGCGACCGCGGCGGGGGCAGGUGCAGCAGCAGCAGCAGAAGAACAGGAACGUCAGGACGACGACGAUGACGAUGACGAAGGGCCGGAUGAGGGGCGGGGUGGUGAAGAAGCAGCAGCGGACGGCGGCGAAGGAUCCGGAGCAGGCGAGGGCGUUGGAGGCGCUGAGGCGGAGGAGGGAGGAGGUUAUGGGUGGGGGUGGUGGUGCUGGUGGUGCUGGUGAGGUGGUGGGGAGGAGGGACGAAGACGAAGACGAAGACCGAGAGGAUGGGGGGAGAGGGAGGAUGAGGGAAGCCCCUGGGACGGCGAGCAGGGUGCGGAGGGCCUCGAGCAGCCACUGGAGCAAUGCGGUGCCCGGUAGCGCGGUGAAGGCGCAGGGGACGCCGGCGGCGGAGAGGAGCGUGCUUGCGUUGACGAAGUUCAAGAAGAGGAGGAGGCAGGGCAGCUUGCUGCGGAUGAUGCAGCAGAGCGAUGCGGAGGACAACAACACGGAUGGCGAUGGCGACGUGGACGACAGCGCGGCGACGCUGGAUUACAGCUUGGGCGACUUCGAGCCGGACCAUGAGAGCACGCCGUUGAAUAUGAGGAGGAGGGGUUCGAUGGCGGCGGCGUUGCCUGGAUCUGAUCCGAGGACGAGCAGUUCGAGGAAGAGGAAGCUGGCGGAGCGGGAUGAGACGGCGGAACGGUCCGCGGUGCAGGUGCCGCGGUCUUCGCCGCCGGCGGCCGUGGAUAAUCAGGCGGUUGCGGAUGGAGAAGAGACAUCGUCGGAGCACCUGUACUCAGAGGCUUCUGAUCUGCCUGAUGUAGUUGCGGACACGCAGCCCGAAGGUGAAGAAACAGCGGCAAACAUGACCAUUGCGGAGUCUAUGGCACCGCCUCGCUCCACGUCUCCCCUCUCGUCCCUCCCUGCCGAACCCGAGUCAGAAGAGGCACCAGCAAAGCGGCCUCGUCGUGCCGUUGCUCAACCUACAACAUCACGCACCCGUGUUUCGCGGCAGGUCUCCAACUAUGAUGCAGAAGACCACGGCGCCGAUCCGCUUUCGUCAUCCGAAUCGGAGUCAGACACCGCCACCGAGACACCGGUUUCCACCCGGACGACGUCGCGCAAGAAGACAAACACGAGGAAACAAAAGGCCUUGGCCCUCUCCACAGCGACGUUGCAAUCUCUCCUACCCCGUCGCCGCAAGAAGCUCCCCGCCACACGCUCCGCGAAGACGGCGGCUGCGGGCACGUUCGAGAUUCCGAGUUCUUCGGACGCCGAGGAAGAAGACGACGAGGAAGAGAGCGCCGGCGAAGACGAGCUGCAGCGUCCCGUCGCGGCGGGCAGAGGCAGGGGAAGAAAGAACGGCGGCGGCGUCGUCGCGAAGACGUCGGACAGCACCGUCCGGGCCGCCGCCGCCGCCGCCGCCGCGACGGCGAAGGGAAAGAAGGCCGCGGCGUCCAGGAAACGGCUGAGCCGGACGUACGGCCGACGCUCCAGCGACAAGGAGAACAACCAGGAUGUGGCGGAUGCGUCGAUGCACGUCGGGAGCGGCGGUGAGGGUCAUAGUGAUGACGAUGACGAUGUGGUCGAGACGAGUGAGAUGAGGGACAUGAAGCGGAGCAAGGAGCUCGAGGCGGCGGCUAGGAAGUUCAAAGAAGUGGAUGAUUGGGAGAUGGAGUUUGAGAGCGUGGACAUGGGGGGUGCGAGCGCGAGUAGUCCUUGGAGGUAA